AUCACAAAUAUUGGUACAUGUACUACUUGCUUGGCCGGGGGACUGUGGAAGUUUUUAGAACACCGAUUGCUGAGACUAAGAGUAGAUUUUUACGACUCUAACUCCACGAUAAAGGUUCAUUAAACCUUCAUGAGCUUUAUAAGGCACUCUGCACGACUGAAACACAUCGGAGGACAUUUGAAGGCUUUUAAUUCCCUAUCACAUGUCAACAGGAGCUUAAGCAGCGCUAGUGUCCAAGAUUCAUCUGAAUAUGAUCUCAUUGUAAUUGGCGGUGGGUCUGGUGGACUUGCUUGCUCAAAAGAAGCGGCAAAAUAUGGAAAAAAGGUUGCAGUAUUGGAUUUUGUUUCUCCAUCUCCUCAAGGUUCUAUCUGGGGCUUGGGUGGAACCUGUGUUAAUGUAGGAUGUAUUCCAAAGAAGUUGAUGCAUCAGGCAGCGCUGUUAGGAGAGUCAUUGAAGGAUGCCAAACACUUUGGAUGGAACGUCCCAGAUAACAUAAACUUUUCAUGGGAAACACUUGUGACGGCAGUUCAGAAUCAUGUCAGAUCAUUGAACUGGGGCCACCGAAUUCAGUUACAUGACAAGAAGGUUGAGUAUGUUAAUGCUAAAGGUUCCUUUCUGGACUCUCAUACAAUCAAGGCAGUACUGAAAAAUGGCACUGAGAAAACUAUGAAGGCAGAUAAUUUUGUAAUAGCUGUUGGUGGAAGACCAAAAUUUCCUAAGGAGGUUCCUGGUGCCAUAGAGUAUGCUAUCAGCAGUGAUGAUAUUUUUUCUCUGAAAAAAUCUCCAGGGAAAACAUUAGUUAUUGGUGCAUCUUAUGUUGCCUUGGAGUGUGCUGGUUUCCUGACAGGCUUAGGAUAUGACACAUCUAUCAUGAUGCGAUCCAUUCCACUCAGAGGGUUUGACCAGCAAAUGGCACAACUUGCUACCGAUUACAUGGAGAGCCAUGGAACAAGAAUCAUCAAGAAGUGUGUUCCAGUGCAGAUAGAUAAAGCUGAUGAUGGACUUCUUCAUGUAACAUGGAAGGAUUCUGUGACGGGAGAAUCACACAAAGAACCAUUUGAGACUGUUCUAUUUGCAAUUGGUAGAGAUCCUGAGACAUCACAGAUGAAUCUUGAGAAAGCCGGGGUUCAAUUAGACCAACAGACCAAAAAGAUCAUAGCCAAUGACAAGGAGCAAACUUCAGUUCCGCACAUUUUCGCCAUUGGGGACGUCGUCCAGGAUCGUCCAGAGUUGACACCUGUAGCCAUCAGAGCGGGAAAACUGCUCGCUGAUAGGCUGUUCGGGGGGUCUGACGUGACGAUGGAUUACGACAAGGUGGCGACGACAGUGUUUACUCCAUUGGAGUUUGGAACAGUUGGAAUGUCAGAAGAAAAAGCUAUUGAGCGUUACGGGGAAGACAACAUUGAGGUUUAUCAUGCCUUCUACAAACCACUAGAAUUUACAGUACCUGAAAGAAAAGUGGAGCAGUGUUAUAUUAAGGCCGUCUGUUUGCGUGAAGGUGAUCAGCAAGUCUUAGGUCUUCAUUUCCUGGGUCCUUCAGCAGGCGAAGUAAUCCAGGGAUUCUCUGCUGCUAUGAGGUGUGGCCUUAGUUACCACAGCUUGUCAUCCACUGUUGGCAUUCAUCCGACAUGUGCAGAAGAGGUCGUGAAGAUGCAUAUCACCAAGAGAUCUGGGGAUGACCCGACUGUCACGGGUUGCUGAGGUUAGAUCUGCCCUCACUAGCGAGUGCGCCUUGGAAACUAGUCUCAUAUCUCUGAAGCAACUAAUUUUGUUGUUUGUAAAACAUGGAGGAGUUAUUAAUAAUUAAUUCAAGCUUUUCGUGCCUGUUCUCUCAACCCCCGAGAGUCACCAGCAUCUUAUUUCCCCUUACAAUAUCACCCCUGAAUCAGACAUUAAGGUAAUGAGAAUAAAGGAAAUGAUCACCAACUUAAGAAGCUCCUGAUUGAUAGAAAAAAUCUCCUUGUCAGCAUCUUAGGAGAUGUAUAUAGAGCAGUAUGGAGAAUAUGCAUACUGAUUUUCGGGUGUGAAGGGUUAAAGUAAGAACGUAAUCGAUUUUUGUGGUCAAUCCAAGAAGGUUCUAUCAACAAAUGCUGAAUCCGUCUUGUCUUUUUAAUGUCUUUGUAAGUUAAAUCUGUAUGUGAGACAUGGUUUUUCUUGGCGCAUAGGGAGGGCAGACUAACAAUAUUUACAUCCAGACAGUGGGGAUGCCUGUGUUUAUGGCGAAAGGUUUUUAAAUUGUGUAUUGCAAGUAAACCUUUCUGAGUUAUCGACAGGCAAAAUUUGAUUUCUUUGGAUUAUAAUUUUUACAUUACAGUGUUUAAUCACAUUUGAUCUAAAUUUUUAGGUAGGAAAAAAAUGAUAUGAAAUUGUACCCUUGCUGUUUUGUCUGUAGCGCAUACAGUCGUGUAAUUUGCCUGUUUCUGUUUAUGAAAUUCAAAAUCUUGUCCUGUGCAUAUAUUUCUCGAACUGUAGGUACAAUUCUUUUUUAAGUAAGAAAUGUGAAAAAUCUGUACAACCAGCUAGUUACUAUAGAUGUAUAGUAAUAGACAAUAGUGAGUUAUUUCUUUAUGUGACCCUACUAGGGCUUAGCAUGGGUGAUUUGCAACUACUAAUAAAGCAUUUUUUUAUUA